CUUGGCUGCACCCGCUAGUCCAGAUUUAUUACAGUCAGCACAAUCUUCCGUUUCUAGGCAAAACCUAACAACCAAUGAAAUCAUUGCCAUGUGAUAACCGCACCCACUCUUGCGCAUGCGCAUGUGGGGAGUGUUCAAGAUAUAUAUUUCACGCGCAACGCCACUGAUUUGUGUAGAACCACGGGACCCCCAGAAGAAGGAGAAAGAAAAAUAGAGCUGACUGCCUUGAGAGUUCUAACGAUGGAGCGUCAGGCCCUGCUGUGGAUGAGCCUGCUGAUGAGUUUCGUAGUCUUCAAGCCACUUGUGCACUGUGCCCAGUGCUCUGCUGAUACUGAUUGCACACAAAGUACAAGUGUCAUGGCUUCAUGUCUAUCUGGAAGAUGUGGUUGCACAGGUUCAGAGUACACUCCUAUUCGCACUGGAUGCGGCACUAGAUUGGGAAGCCCCGCCAUAACCAAAGAGUACGGUAGAUCGGAGGAUUUAUUUGUAGGAUCAACUGCCCCCUUGACCUGUAGAUCUAAUAGUGGUAACCCUGCAUCUUAUGCUUGGUAUAAAGAUGGCGUAAAGCUUCCAGAUUCUACACCAACAAUAAAUAUCACACAAGCUGGAGUUUACGAGUGUCAGUCUAUCUCCAGAGACCCUGCCUUAAAUUCAGGUAACAGUUCUUCACUUACCAUCACCGCAGUUACAGGAAGUGAAUACGCAACACAGACAUUAACAAUAAGAGAUCCACAGGCCGCAAGUACAACGAUAUCUACUGGUGGAAGUGUAGGAAUAACUUGCAUGAAUGUUCCUUUGGGUUAUAAAGGGAUAUUAACCAUUAAGAACGGUAACAAUAUAAUAGCUGAACCUGUGUCACUAAGCGCUACAAUUCACAUGACAGCCGCGCUUUCAGGUGCAACCAUAACAUGUGACCUGCAACCUUAUGAGUCUGUUAGCUUUAAAGUACCGGGCACCUAUACACUCCCCACUAUUGAUGACACAAUGUCUGUAACUAAAGCUGAGAUAGGGGCUAGUGAUUCCUUUGGAUCAAUAGGCGGGGACGUAACUUACAACAUUGGAAACGAUGGACCGACAUUUUUCUGCACUGUUACCGAAACCCUUGAUCUACUGGACAGCACAAACCCACCCAUAAUUGAAUUUUUGGUUUGUGAAUUUUUAUUUUUAAGCAACUUGAAGACUUUCAUAUUUUACUAUUUUAAAGAUUUUUUUGUUUCAAUUAUCUGUAUACUAUUGUCUAAAGAUGAUGCUUCACCCCCGAACAUAGUCCAGAGCGGUACUUCAGACAUAUUUAUACUUAAUACAACACAGCCGAGCGCAGCGAAAUACAAAUGUAGAGUGACCUAUAAGGGUAGUUCACAAGAUUCAACGCUGAGUUUCAAAAUAACUGUUGCUAGCGGUGCCAACCCUGACCCAAUCAUUACAAAAGUAAGCACCGAUGAUGUAACCUUAGGAUCAACACUCGUACUGGCCUGUGGUGAUAAUUCAAUUACCAGCAACUAUUACUCGUGGACGUUUAACGACCUACCCAUUGAAGGCCAAGGAGAUAAGGUCAUCCAACUGUACAACUUUACCAGUGACGACAUGGGUUUGUACAAAUGCCGGUACAGAAUUGAUCGCUACACCACAGGAGAUGGGACUUUUAGUGCUUUACCGAAACCAACAAUUACUCGUGAACCCGAGGGAACUUUCUUUGGGCAAUACGGUGACUACGUUCUUAGGUGUAACUCUGGUGUAAGUACGACAACAGGUUGGACCUACUCGUGGAAAAAAGGGACCAUUGACCUAGGAGUCACAACGGAUGUUUACUCUUUUACUGACGCGGACGCCACAGAGGACAAUGGUACCUACACCUGCAACUCCUUAUACAAAGGAGCGAGCGUCCCUAGUGAUGACUUCACUGUGACCAUUGUUGAGCCAGGCAAACGAUGUACAGCAGACAGUGACUGUACCGGCCUCAAAUACACAGGCAAAUGUUCUACAACAACCCCAGCAGUCUGCGUGUGUGCCGCACAUUACAGGCUGAAGGGAGACGACUGUGCAUCCGGAGCAGCAGCUAUAAUCAGCUGUGUACUGAUGGUUGUCAUGGCUUCACUGCGUUCUCUUGUCUUCUAGAGAGUUAUCGUUCAAGUUUUGUUAUACGUCUUUUAAAAACCAUAUUUAUCUUAACUCUAACCUAACAUUUAACAAUGUUCCACACUCAGAUUCCUUAUGAUAACUCUUAAACUGGUACUUAAGCUCACAAACAGUUAAAAACAACUAAUCAUGGUUAGAAUUUAAUUUUCUUUAAAUUACUAAUUGUAGUUCUAUCUCUAAAUAUCUAAUAAUGGAAAUUAAGCAGAUUAUAUAGCCCUUAUAUUAAAAAUAGUUUUUCUCAAAUUUUAAUAAAUAUAAAAAAAAUGUUUUUGAACUUAUUUGAACAUGAUUAUGAUAUUUUUAUAUAACAGUCAAACAUAAAAAAUAUAAUUGAUAUAAAAGUUAUAGAAAAAUAAAUACUGAUUUAGUAUACCGAAACAGUAUUGCUUAGUAUUCAAUCAAAUUUGGUAUUUUUAUCAUGUGAUUUACCGAACGUGUAGUAUCACUGUUAGUUUUAAAAUGUUUUACAUUGUACCUGACUACAGAAUCACAACGAAUCUGAUCUUCAAAUGUGCUGAACUGCUUAUCAAAUUUGAUUUGUUUCAUUGAUCGGGAUUUAGUGUUUAUAUAUAUAUAUAUAUAUAUAUAUACGCUAAUUUACCCUAAUGAAAUGAAUACGGUUAAUUUUGAAUAGCGCAAUGUUAGUAAUUAGGAAUAUUUAAAAUUGUUUUUCACAGUUUUCAUUAAUUAUUUAUCCCACACUAUGAAAU